CGAAUGUAGUCCAACAACAUCGCCAGAGAACAAUAAUUGUGCUGUAGAUUAUUUCGACACAAAAGCCAACUUGUUACAUAUGUAUUUUCGCGGCUAAAGUUCAUCUCGCUCGAGGGCCAACGCCGAUAAGAUUUUGGUUCGGCGGAUCAGAUCAGCAGCACAUAAUCCGGAAUGGAUUGCGUUCGCCAGCGGAGGAGGAGCACUUGACCGUCCAUUGAGCGCAAUUCGCAUUUCGCCCUGCCCGCAGCAAUCAGUCAGUACGCGAUACUCACCGACGACGGACGCCUUGCGGUGGCUCUACAAUCUCAGCCCAUCAUCCACAACCUGUUUACGUGACUUGAUUACUGCUGUUCGGCCACUGCUACUCCCACUGCAAAAAUGCCAGCCAAACCAGUGAAUCCCGACCUGCUGAAGGAGCGCAAGACGGCCACCUUUGAUCCCCGGGAGUUCUCCGUUCUGUGGGCCGGGGGCGAGGAGCGCUUCAAGGAGAAGAAGGCCCUGGAGAAAAUGUUCUUGGAGGAUCCUGCCCUUCAGGACGACCUGCCCAUCUCCUAUUUGUCUCACAAGGAGCUCUAUGAAUACAGUCUGCGCAAAGCCUGCAUCAUUGGGGAUAAGAUCCGUAAGCUCCGUGCUGACGGCGAGGAUGGAGUGGAUACCUACAAUGCUCUGCUUGGUGGAUCCUUGGGAGCAGCCAUCCUGAAGGAAGGCAAUCCCCUGACCCUUCACUACGUGAUGUUUGUGCCCACCAUCAUGGGCCAGGGAACCAUGGACCAGCAGGUGGAAUGGCUGAGCAAGGCCUGGGACUGUGAGAUUAUUGGCACCUACGCCCAGACAGAGCUGGGACACGGAACCUUCCUGCGUGGCCUGGAGACCCGGGCCGACUACGAUGCCAGCACCCAGGAGUUUGUGAUAAACACACCCUCACUCAGUGCCUACAAAUGGUGGCCAGGAGGAUUGGGACACACUGCCAACCAUGCGGUGGUGGUGGCUCAGCUCUACACCAAGGGCGAGUUCCGUGGCCUGGCUCCUUUCAUCGUCCAGCUGAGGGAUUCCGACACGCACAAACCCAUGCCGGGCAUCGACAUCGGAGAUAUUGGCACCAAGCUUGGAAUGAAGGGCGUGAACAAUGGCUAUUUGGGCCUGAAAAACGUUCGAGUGCCUUUGAACAACAUGCUGAUGAAGAACCAACAGGUUCUGCCCGAUGGCACCUACGUGGCGCCCAAGAACAGCGUGCUCACCUACGGAACCAUGAUGUUUGUGCGUUGUGCUCUGAUCCGUGACACCGCCCAGAGUCUGGCCAAGGCAUCCACCAUUGCCACGCGGUAUUCAGCCGUCCGUCGACAGAGCCCCAUCGAUCCAAACCAACCGGAGCCCCAAAUCAUGGACCACACCACACAGCAGCUUAAGGUGUUCCCGCAGAUAGCGAAGGCCAUUGUGUUCAAAACGACUGGUGAUGGUAUUUGGAAUAUGUACAAUGUGAUAUCCGGCGAAAUCGAGCAGGGAAACCUGGAUCGCCUGCCAGAAAUGCACGCUCUGUCCUGCUGCCUGAAGGCCAUCUGCAGUGCUGAUGCCGCCGCUGGCGUGGAAACGUGCCGUCUGUCCUGUGGUGGACAUGGUUACAUGGACUGCUCCAACUUCCCCACAAUCUACGGCAUGACCACGGCUGUGUGCACCUACGAGGGCGAGAACACAGUGAUGCUGCUGCAGACUGCUCGCUAUCUGGUGAAGGUUUAUGGACAGGCCCUGAACGGAGAGGAGUUGGUGCCCACGGUUUCCUACGUAAAUGAAGCACUCAAACAAAAGAAGUUCGUGAACUUUGAUGGAUCUUUGGAGUCCAUUGUCAAGGCAUUCCAGUUUGUGGCCGCCAACAAAACCCGCAUUGCCUAUGAGCAGAUUGAACUGCGUCGCAAGCAGGGACAUGGUACUGAGGUGGCUGCUAAUCUGUGCGGAACCUUCUUGACAGCGGCUGCUGAUCUUCAUGGACGUGCCUUCCUGGCCCAGACUGCCUAUACGGAACUCUUUGCCCUAUCCCGCGAGGUCUCGCCAGCAUUGGCUGAUGUCCUAAAGGUGAUUCUGGAGCUUUAUCUGGUGGAUGCCUGUCUCAACCGCAUUGGCGACUUUUUAAGGUUUAUUGAUCUGACCGAUAAAGACGUCACCUCACUGGAAGUGCGCCUGGAGACCUGCUUGAAGCGACUCCGUCCGAACGCCGUCACUCUAGUGGACAGCUUUGAUCUGCACGAUCGUGUGCUGGACUCCGCCUUGGGUGCCUACGAUGGCAAUGUGUACGAGCACAUCUUCGAGUCCACGAAGAAGAACCCGCUGAACAAGGAACCAGUGAACGAAGCAUUCCACAAGUACUUGAAGCCAUUCAUGAAGGCUCACCUCUAGAUUCUAUCUUACCACUCGGGAGGAUCCCCGCUAUAGUUACUCUUGUAAAUAUACCUAUAUGUUUGUAUUGUUUUCGUAUUACACAACAGUUUGCUUGGCAAUUGAUCUGAAAGAUAUAGUGCAUAUGGCUGUAAAAGUAUACACAAAUAAAACAUUCAAGUACCGCUUUUGGGCUUAACUAAA